AUGAGUUACUCUAACGAAAAUACCUUUAUAUAUCGACAGGUGGAGCUAUUUGAGAGCCAGUUGAGAGAGCUGACUAACUCCAUUCAGCAGUACGAGCCGAACGUUGACGUUUCAGCAAAGCUGGUGACCACUGUCGACACCAUUGAUCAGGAACUGUCUCAGCUCGAAAGACUUCACGAGCUGAAAAGAAGCCAGGUCUUUGAACAAAACAAGGAAAAUCUACGAUUGAACGAUGAUAUCAAAAACAUUCUUACUUCGUUAAUCGACUGUCGCAAAAACCUCAACAGUCUUCCCAAACUAGAUACUCAUGAACGAUUGCAAAUGGAGCCCGAGUCUGAUUCCAAAGAGUCCAACCUCGAGGCAGUGAAAGAGUUACUCGCAUACGCCAUGAAAUUGGCGAAGUUCUCCAAGAUUCCCCGAACAUUUGAUGGAUUUCUCCUACCCAACAACUUUAUUUGGCCCGGAGACGAUAACAUGAGACGUGGUAUGCUGGCGACAGCAUCGUUAAUGCCCGAUAAAAUUGUCCGUCACGAGAACGGCGAACCCGACGAGCAGAUGGACGUCGAUAUGGUCGAGCCCGAGACAAAAGAACCGGAAAGUCAACAGGCUGACGACGACGACGAGCUUGUUCCCGAGCGUCGUCAUAGCUUUAAGAGCUCUGCCAGUCCCGAAAAGAAAGACGCUGCCGCUAUUAUGGCAGGAAUAGAUCUGUUUGACGAAAGCGACGACGACGACUAG